AUGAGUUGGAACUUGCUCGAGCGCUUCAUCGAGUCGGAACACUUCAAUAGGGACCCGUCAUUGACUGUGGCCUAUCUGGCUCGAUAUGCCGACCAUGUUGGUAUCCAAUACGUCCUCUGCUCCAAGCUGCGCCAGUUCAGCUACGAGGACAUUGAGUUCUUCCUACCGCAGCUAUGCCACCUGGUCAUGUCGCUAGACAACGAAAGCAUGGCGCUCGAGGACUUCAUCCUAGAUCUAUGCGAAGAGUCGGUGAAUGGCGCUCUUCUGCCCGUCCGCCGAGAGAAGAUCACCGACAAUGUCUUACCCGUCACUCUACUGUCCAGUCUUGUGCUCGGUGCCAUAGCCGCGCCCUUCCUUCCUCGCCAUGCUGGUCCGCUGGCCAUUGCACAAGCCAGGAGACCUCGUCCUGUAGAAGAGACCAUUUCGGACAACAUACAACCACAGCGAAUAUCUAGGAGCCAUACUGUCUCAGGUGCCCCUGGGCGGAGCAGAAGACCCCGUCCUCCACCUCAAGCAACCAAGGAUGCGCAAACUCCACCAGGAACCUCUACACCCAGAAGAGCCUCGCGACCCAUGUCAAUGAUAGCCAAGGAUACCUCGACACCUACGAAAGAGCCGACUAGCAAAAGCGCCAUGGCGGAAGCUUUGCGUGCAACACAAAACAACCAGGCCUUUGCAAGCACAUCGUCUCUUCCAGAGCUUCCGUCACAGCCUGCUCCCGAACCGCCGCGUCUGUCUCGCCAGCACACAGAGCACUCGAUCCGCCGUCAUUCCGCUAGCACAAAAGCAAUCAACCUUGCCAACAUGUCACGCUCACAAAAAGUCCGCAUGCUUCGUUCAAACUAUUUCCGUAGUCAAACGCAAUUCCUCAGCGCUCUCGAGGAUAUCUCGAAUCGUUUGGUAGCUGUGCCGAAGCCUGCCAGAUUGAGUGCUCUUCGUGCUGAGCUCGCUCUAAUCGCUCAAGACCUGCCUGCAGAGGUCGACGUGCCUUUGCUCUGUCCCGCGACCCUCCCAGACGGCAGUGCAAGCCGUAGCCAACAUCAUCGUAUUGUCAGGCUUAACCCUGCCGAGGCCACUAGUCUGAACAGUGCCGAGAGAGUGCCUUACCUGUUGAUGGUUGAAGUCUUGCGCGAGGAUUUCGAUUUCGAUCCAGAGUCUGACCAAAAUACUCAACUUCUCACCAAACUGGUACUCGAGAAGGGGAAGCCUAAGCGUCGUCUGUUCGACAUCACAGAUGCAUCACGAGAAUCUGCUCGCUAUCAGAGUGAAACGACAGUCGAGAAUGACAGCGUUCUUGAGCCUGCAUCCGGCGAUUUGGCUAGCCCUGCCUUAUUGCAGGAACUGGAUGGACGCGACACUCCCCGCAACAUUUCUAGAUCACACACCCCUUCCAACGCCGCUAUGCUGAGGGAACUCCCUCGAUUGUCUAGUGGCGUGAGCACUUUGUCAUCAAUAAGCCUGACUACCCCUCGCACCUCUGAUCUUCCGAUGAGUAGAUCUGUCAGUCCUUCUCCUUUUGCUUCAGCGGCUGGCCGCUCGCAAGCACCAGACCAACCCGACUUUUCUGCCUUGGCAACCCAUAUGCGAGCUGCUUCGUCUAUGCUUUCACAGCUCGACCUGAGCAGUUCGAAACGACCAAAGGCCGAGGUUGCUGCCAUCAAGGCCAGGAUCAUUGCCAGCAUGCAGAGUCUGGAGGAGCAGAGCUUCUAUACUGAUGAUGCUGCACACGCCACCAACUUCGAUGCCAUCAUGGCCAAUGCGAACAACAUUGGCUCGCACGCCGAGCCGGCAGAUAUCGAGGACCCUGCGUUGGAGGCUGCUGAUGCGGAUCCCAACUUGAGUUCCAAUGCAGGCGCCGCACGCAUGGAAAACGACAUCAAGACGGGAGGAGUGCAGCGCAAAGGCGACCGAGAUGACCCUUCGGCGGCAACCUUUGGCGAAGCCUGGGAAAUGAAANAAGAGCGUAUACGCCGCUCUUCACCCUACGGCUGGAUGAAGAACUGGGACUUGAUCUCCAUGAUUGUCAAGACUGGGGCCGAUUUGCGGCAAGAGGCGUUUGCAUGCCAACUCAUCGCCGUAUGCUCCAAGAUCUGGGCCGAAGCCAACUGCGACGUCUGGGUCAAGAACAUGCGUAUCCUCGUCACGGGCGAGUCUUCAGGCCUGAUCGAGACAAUCACUAACGGCGUCUCCCUGCACUCUCUCAAGCGCUCCCUGACGCUAUCCUCCAUCGCCUCGGGCGCCAACCCACGCAAACGCAUCGCUACGCUGCACGACCACUUUGUCACCACAUUCGGCAAGCCAGACUCGAGCACCUACCUCUCCGCCGUCGACAACUUUGCAAAGAGCCUCGCUGCCUACUCUGUCAUCUCGUAUAUCCUGCAGCUCAAGGACCGCCACAACGGCAACAUCCUCAUCGACAAUGUAGGCCACAUCGUGCACAUCGACUUUGGCUUCAUGCUGUCCAACACACCCGGCAGCAUGGGCUUUGAAGCCGCCNCCUUCAAACUCACCCAAGAGUACAUCGACGUGCUCGGCGGUGUAGACUCUGCGCCUUUUGCUUCGUUUAAACAACAUAUGAAAACUGCUUUCCAAGCGCUCCGCCGCGACGCCGAGCGCAUCGUCAUGCUCUNNUAUGACACGUUUCAAUAUCGUACACAGGGGAUUUAUUAG